CUGAUAAAAGCCGAAUGAAGCACAGCCGCCUCAGUAGCUGCUUAGGAGGCCACGGGGACAGGCCCUUUGAUUCUGCAUCGGCUGGAAGCAACUGUUAUUCCCAUGGCGUUGUUUGUGCUCCACGCCGCGAUGCUCGCAGGCGUCGCGGCCAGUCUGCCGUCCGGCUUUGACGAGAACACGGACGCAAAGGCGAUGAGCCAGAGUUUGCAGCCGCCGAUCAGUUCGGAAUGCGUGACUAAUUUGGCGGAACUGUUGCUGCUGCGCCAGGAGGGAAAGUUGGCGGAGGCGGUGGAGGUCGGGCGCGAAAGUCUCUCGGGCUUAAACAGCAUCAGCGGUUAUCUCCGCGAAAUACGAGACGCAUUGACGCAGAAGGGGGCGCCGCAGGAGGAGGAACCCAAACAGUGCACGGGUGGGUUUCGACUCGUGGCCGGGAAGUGCAUGCUGCUUCUCCUGAACGAGCGAAAGACUUGGUCUGACUCACGCCUCCACUGCCAGCAGAUCGGGGCUGACCUUGCCACAUUCCACGACGCGGGGUCUUUCGGUGCCAUCCUGGACUACGUCAAGGAAAUUAGCGGACCAGAUAAAGGCGUGAACGUGUGGGUGGGAGGCUCAGACGCAGUGGUCGAAGAUGUGUGGACUUGGUUAACGGGCGAGUUCAUGCCUCGAGGCUCGCCGUUUUGGGGGACCAGGAAUAACUACACGCCGGAGCCGAGUGGAGGAACCAAUGAAAACUGCUCAAUUCUCUACAAAUCGGACUUCUAUUACAUGCAUGACAUAACCUGUGCCCAUGCUGCCGCCCCACUUUGCAUGAAACACGACUAAUGGUACCCAUUAGAGAGGUUUUAUCUCAAGUGAGUAACAGAAAGUGAUAUAUAUAUAUGUAUAUAUAUAUAUAUGUAUAUAUAUAUG